GCAAAAUACAAACUUACCCAGGUACGCUUCUUUUUCCACGAGCUGAUUGAUUCCCCGAGUGGUGAAAGGGAACGAAAAGGCAAACUGGCAAACAUUAUAGCCGCCAAUUGCAGAGAAGACAUAUAUAUCCUUUGGUGUUCGAUUUUAAGGGGAAAACUUAAAAUUGGUCUAGGAGAAUUCCCCUUAAGCGAGCGAGAUGAACAACUACAAUAACCGGAGGAGAGGAGGCGGCAGAAGCGAUGAAGAUGAUGAGCAGGAGAAGGGGUUGAUAUGGAAGCUUCCGGAGCUGAAAUUGAAGGAGAUUGGGAAGGUCGGCCCCGGCUUCGGCUUUGGCGCCGGUUGCGGUGUUGGCUUCGGUCUCGGAAUUAUGGGAGGAAUUGGACCUGGGAUUCCUGGCCUACAAUUUGGUUUUGGGAUAGGUGCUGGAUGUGGUAUUGGCUUAGGAUUUGGGUAUGGCGCAGGUCGGGGCAUUGCUCAUGAUGAUAACCGAACUUAUUCUAAUGUUGGGAAGCUUUUUCAUGGUCAAAGAAAUUUUCCUUCUCAGGAUGAGAUCAGUUCUCUAAUUGAUGAACUUGUCACUAAUACCAAGAAGCUAGUCAAAGCAACUUCCAGAGAAAUGGAGAAAUGGAGGAGAUGAGUUCAUUUGUGAAUCUUGUUGUUCAUUUGCUUUAGAUUAGAACUUCUAAAUGCUGUUCUCAAGCUGUUUUUCAUAUGAAUCCACUACUGUAUAAGAUUUAACUUGUUUCAUUUGCGUAUUAAAGAAUUAUGCAUCACAUUGGUUAUGUAUCUCGUAAGUGAUGAAUAUAUAUAUAUGUGUGUGUGUGUAUAUAUAU